AUGUUUUAUUUAAAUAUUUAAAAAACUGAUGAAUUUAAUUUUUGGAAUUUUUUAUAAAUUCCUAUUUACUUGAUUUAUAUUAAAUUUAUUUUUUAUUUAUUUUUUUAUGGCUCAUUCCAUUAUUUUUUGUUAAAAAGAAUAUUUUAUUUUUAAUCUUUUAUUCAAAACUAAAAGCUUUGUGUUCUGAUUUAAGCUUUUUACUUAAAUUUACUUUUUCUAUAUCUACUGCUUGUGCUAGAGCAAUUCAGAAUUCUAUCUAAAUUAUCGAAAUUAAUUUCUAAAGCCAUAUCAACUACAUAAGAUUUACUAUUGAUUAAUUUUUAUUUAUUUAAAUCGUUUGAAUAAUUUAUUAACUUUCUAAUUAUAUAUUCUAAAGUUAUAAUAAAUUAAAAUAUCACAUAUAUUAUUAUAGUGAUAUUAGCUAUAUUUGUUAGAUUGCAUGUUUAGGAAUAGUCGUCUAUCAGUAUAAUUAGCAAAGGAAAAAUGCAAAGAAUAAUCAUCAUUAAUUCAGUAAAUAUCAAAUAGAUAUAAUCUCUUCUGCAAUCAAGAAAGGGUUUGUACUUGACAAGUGCCAAACAAAAUAUAAUCGAGAUACUUAAAAUAAUAAAGAGAUAAUAUUUAAUAGGACAAAAAGAUAAGCAAAUAAUUAGUAUUAUUUUUUUUAUUUCGAGCAAAAACCAAAAGUAUUUAUUGAAAGAUUUAUUUACAUCUAAGUUGUGGUGCAAAUAUAAAAAGGUAUUUAAAUCUAUGUCUUUUGAUUUUUUGAAGGUUACAAAUAAGUUAACUAAGUAAAUUGGUGUUAAAAUUCCUAAUAAGAUAAAAGAGAUUAAAUCCAUUUAAGAAAGAUGGCUCACAUUCAGAAAUAUAUUUACUAAAAAGUAGUUACUUGUUAUUCUUAUUAAUUUAGACUAAAAAUUUCCAAGGAAAUAAUUUUGUGCAAAAGAAGAUUUGAUAUUAUAUCUAAAUAAUAAAACUAUUCCUGCUAAAAUACUAAAUAAAACUACUGGGACAGAGAGAAAAAUUAAAUUCUGUGAGACAAGCUUAUCUAUAAUUAAUUUGUAUUUUAUUCCUACCAUAUACUCAACAUCAUUUACAUCAUCUGCUUCUGAUGAUUAGUAAUAAAUAUUUACAAAAUUAAAAGCUGCAAAUGAUUUAUACAAAAUUUAAGUGUUAUUCCGGUUUGCGAAGUAAAGGUUUCCCAGUGAUUGA